UAUACGCACACUAGUGUAGUCAGCUCAGUACUCCGUCCACCACCAUGGCGUCAACACACUGCUGUAUCUGUGUGUUAGUGUGUGUCGUUGUUAGUGUGUCAGCACUACUGUUGGAACAGCCAGAUGCUCGUAACGUGUUCCUGCCAGACUUCACAGAAGACUGUGUGGCUUGUAUCUGCGAUGCCUCGUCUGCAUGUAACCUGACCAUAGGCUGCUUUGCUGGUCUAUGCGGCCCCUUCCUAAUCGGCCGUCAGUACUGGCUCGACGCCGGCGCCCCAGUCCUACCUGGCGCCACAUGGCAGUCCAAGAAUGCAUACGAGUCUUGUACAAUGGACCCCAACUGUGCAACAAGCACCAUCUUCAACUAUAUGACUCGUUUUGCACGGGACUGCAACGGUGAUGGCCAAAUAUCGUGUGACGACUACGCAAGAAUCCAUUACCUCGGGGGCAACCAAUGCUCUGUGCCGAUCAAGAACUACGCUUACUACAGAAUAUUCCAACAAUGCAACUCCAGGCAGCCUCCACAAGCUCCCCCUCUGUAAACUACCGGACCGUCAGUCAGUGCCGAGUCUAACGAUUCAGUGAAAAAUCAUCUUCUGUAGACAAUUUACUUCAUUGAUCACUAUUAAAUAAUAAGUUAGUGGAAGUAAAAGCCAAGAUGAUUAUAUUGUAAAUAAAUUUUAUUUAAAUA